AUGGAAACGCAUGAUUUUUAGACAACCUAAUCUUUUAUGUUAUCAUAUUAACAUUAUGGCGUUUAUUAUUAAUCAUAUUAACAACGGGCUAUUGAUUGAAGGUGUUUAAAAGGACAUUGUCGAUCUGGCCGAGAAGGGCGAGGCUUGUAUUUCGCCUGGCAGUCGUCGCGUAGGGUACAAAUCCCCCUUGACGCCUCACCCCUGACCUGCUCCAGUGUUCUGUGGCGGCGCGCUCUGUGUGACUGCUUAGCAACGGUGAAGUGGAUUCAGCAACAGACGAAGAAGAAGAAGCCAGGACGGAGUUUCUGGAUGGAUUCUACGUCUCUGACAGUCCGCAGGUUUGCUUCUCUGUGACGUCAGCAGGCGGAUACAAAUGGACGGUGUUUGCAGAACUAAUGAUGUUCAGGCUCAGCUGGACUCGGUGGAGUCGGAGCUGGAGCUGGUGGAGCUGCAGAUCGCAGAGCUGCUGCAGAAGCAGGCGGAGCUGACGGAUCAGAAGAACUCUCUGCUGCUGAAGCUGGAGGACGCCUGCGACGCUGCUCAGCCUUCAUCCUCCUCCUCAUCUUCCUCAAAGUCCUCAGGGGCCGAGCCCGUGAUGAGCAAGCAGGAGUUAAAGCGCUACGAUGGGACAGAUUUCCCGUGGUCUAAAGAAGCAGAGAAGCACCUGAAGGACUCGUUCGGUCUCUCCAAGUUCAGACCGCUGCAGCUGAGGGCCAUCAACCUGAGCCUGUCAGGCAAAGAUCUGUUCUUAGUGAUGCCCACAGGACGAGGGAAAAGCCUCUGCUACCAGCUGCCUGCAGUCUGCUCUGAGGGUUUUACACUGGUCGUCACCCCCCUGCUGUCCCUGAUGGAGGACCAGAUCAUGUACCUGAAGUCCAUCGACGUGUCGGCAGUCGUUCUGAAUGCGAACAGCAGCAAGGAGCACGCUAAGACAGUCAUGGCUGGCAUGACGGACCCAAAGUCCCCCUUUAAGCUGUUGUACGUGACCCCGGAGAAGAUCGCCAAAAGCAAGCUGCUCAUGUCCCGUUUGGAGAAAUCUUACAAAGCAAACCUGCUGAGUCGCAUCGCCGUGGACGAGGUUCACUGCUGCAGCCAGUGGGGGCACGACUUCAGACCGGAUUAUAAACUGCUGGGCAUCCUGAAGAGACAGUUCCCCAAAGUCCCGCUGCUCGGCCUCACCGCCACGGCGACCAGCAGCGUCCUCAAAGACUGUGAGAAGAUCCUGUGUGUGCAGCAGCCAAUCACCAUCACCGCGUCCUUCAACCGCACCAAUCUCUACUACGAGGUUCGUAUUAAAGACUCCAACAACGAUGCAUCAAUAAGCGACGUCGCCGCUCUGAUCAAGAGCAGAUACAAGGACCAGUCAGGGAUCGUGUACGUGUUCUCUCAGAAGGACGCAGAGUCGGUGGCGUCCGAACUUCAGAACAGAGACAUCCUGGCGUAUCCGUACCACGGCCACAUGGACCCUAACGACAAGUCCCGAGUGCACCGCAAGUGGACCGCCAACAAGAUCCAGGUGGUGGUAGCCACGGUGGCGUUCGGUAUGGGUAUCGACAAGCCUGACGUCAAGUUCGUCAUCCACCACACCAUCAGCAAAUCCAUCGAGAACUACUACCAGGAGAGCGGACGAGCAGGUCGAGACGACCGUCCAGCCGACUGCAUCGUCUACUACGGUUUCUCUGACAUCUUCAGGAUCAGCAACAUGGUGGUGAUGGAGAACGUGGGCCAGCAGAAGCUGCUGCAGAUGGUCGACUACUGCCAGAACCUAGACAGGUGUCGGCGCUCUCUCAUGGCGGUUCAUUUCGACGAGAUUUGGGAUGAUGAAGACUGUAACCAGAUGUGCGAUACUUGUCGCGACGCAAAAGACUUCAGCACGGUGGAUAUUACCCAGCAUGCCCGGGAGGUGGUGCAGAUCUUAGAGCUGGCGGAGUCCAUGGAUGAGAAGGUGACUCCUCUGAAGCUGGUGGAGGCGUGGACGGGGAAAGGACCGGCCAAACGCAGGAAGAUGAUCCAGACCACGUCUCUGUCCCGUCUGCAGGCGGAGGCUGUGGUGGUGAGGAUGCUGCUGCUGGGAUACCUCAAGGAGGAUUUCAGCUUCACUCCGUACACAACGUAUUUCUACUUGAAGCUCGGCCGUAAAGCUCCUCUGUUAAAGAGUGCGACUCACACGGUCAGCAUGAAGAUGAGACAAACGGGGGCUGAAUCUGCUGCUGCUGCGGAGACGCAAUCUGCUGAAGAAAACGAGGAGAUCUUUGACUCCGUUGUGGACAACACUUGUCCCCAACAGCCCAAACAGAAACUAUUUAAACAACAGAGGAACCAGUGCAGGAAACGAGACCUAAAACCAGAGAGAGAGACAGACAAACGGACAGAGAGAGUAAAGAAAGAGGACAGAUAUGAAGAGAGAGACGAGGAGAGCAGAUCCAGCACCCCUCAGCACGUCAUCGAGGUUGAAAUCAACAUCAUAGAAAACAGCGAUGGUCAGAAAACACCAUCGCAUCCUGUUAGCUCUAAACGUAAAUCCACCACCCCUCAGAGAGUGCGUCAGAAACCCUGUACGGACUCAGCAGCAGCAGCAGCAGCAGCAGCAGGUGGAGAUUCAUCAAUCCAAACGGUGCCCAGCUCUCCGUCUCAGGCCUCCUUCAUCUCUGAGACCGCAGCCGAGGAGCUCAGCCACCUCAGGAACUACUACAGCAAACAGCUCAGGAGGAUUAACUACAUCUCCCAUGAGUACCUGGGGCAGCCCGCGGAGCCGGGGGUGCUGGCGUGUAUCAGGGAGCCUCUGAGGAGCCUCCGUCUGCCGGGCAGGGUAACGAUCGCAGAGACGGCCCGCAGCCUGUGGACUCGAGUCAGCGGGAGGAGGAAGCUGAUUCAGCGAUGAUGUCACAGAGUUAAUUUAUACAGGUGUGUUCAUAAAGACGUGUGGACACCUGCUGUGAUCGUCUGCUGUCUCAGGUGAAGACGCUGCUGUUUGAAGGAGUGUCAGACUUUGGUGCUCCCUUGUGGCAGUUCUGAGCUGUGCACAUUAAUAUAAAAUGACCGUUAUUAACACACCUCACACUGGGAAUGUAUGACUUCUGAAAACUUAAAAGGUGCUGUGAUGAAAGCAGACGCACACAUGGGGCAUCAAACGCCCUUCAUAGCCUGAGAGACAGUGAUGAUGAUUUUCUUAAUUGAUGAAGUUCUAGAGCUGGUUUUCAAUCUGCUUACAAACCACGGCCACGUUUACACUGCAACAAUUUCAGUCGACAUUGGUAACCUUUGGGUGCCAGACAAUGCAAAGUUUUAAAAAUAGCAUCGUCUCCCGUUAUCGUUUAAACUUGAAUUUCGCAGUUCCAGAGAAAACUGCCACUUUUCGCACGUGUGCGUUACGCUUCCAGUCAAUCACCAUGAGCGUGUAGCAUGGACUACAACUACAAUGGCGGGCUCCUGAGUUCUGUUUGACUCCUGGUUGACAUUUCCUCUAAAUGUUCUCUCUUUGUAGUUUAGGGUCACUCGGGGUAACGGCCCCACCUCGUCUACUCAAACGUUCACCGCUCUGUAGAAGGAAGAUGAUGGUGAGCAUGAUGCACGUGUUCUUUUUUUUUACAAAGUCACACCGCCACCUACUGGCCUGGCAUGUAUACUACAGAGUCUUCAUUUAAGUUUGCGGCUCAGUGUGCACAGAGGUUGUUAUCAAAAUGUUGUCGUCUGAGCGCUGAACUUUUUAAAAAAAAACUCAAAUGAAGAAUGAUGGAUUACGGUUGUGGUGUAAACGUGGCCUAAGUUCUCUGAAAGGAAAGGAUUCUGACGUCAGAUUUCCAGGGAUCACUCUACGUUUGAGGUUUAAAGUUUAGAGACUCAUCAUGUCUGUGCUGGAAGGUUUGUCACAUUUUUAUUUUUUUUAUUUUAUACACAGCAUUGUUUAUAAAACAAAAAUGUCAUAUUUCUGUUCAUCCACUGGAUAAAACUUCUUGUUAUCAUGUAA